CUCACGCAGCGAAUUUGUAUCAGUCGUGAUUUGGCUCUGUCAGCGAAAGGAACAACCAUUUGUUGUGCCACACACAACCGCGAAAAAUAUAAUCGAAUCAAAUUUCAACUACCUCAUUUUGCAAAAUCGGUGAACUUUUAGAAAAGGAAAUUUUAGUGAAAUCUCUCUACCUCAAAGUACAAAAGUGCGUAAAAAAUUGUUCAUAUCCCUGAAAGUGCACAAUUUGCUCAAAUGAAAUCUGUUGUCUAAAAAACUAAAGCUACAAAACUACUAAGGCGAAUAAUUUAAGUGUUUGCUGAGUGGAGUAGGAAAUUGCGCGAGCACACAAUUAUAAGCACAGGAAAAAUUUAUUGAUGUCCAUAUCAAUGCUUCAAGACGCACAAACGCGAACCUUAGCUGCUGCAUUAGCUGGCAUAAAACAAGAGGACGUCGCUCUGGACCGUUCCAUGUCGCUAUCGCCUCCCAUGUCGGCCAACACAUCAGCCACAACCGCCGCAGCGAUGUACCCAGCUAUGGGUCUCCAACAGGCGGCAGCUGCCUCAGCAUUCGGAAUGCUCUCACCCACCCAACUUCUGGCUGCAAACCGUCAGGCUGCUGCAUUCAUGGCCCAACUGCCCAUGAGCACAUUGGCUAACACGCUCUUUCCACACAAUCCGGCGGCUUUGUUUGGGGCUUGGGCUGCCCAACAGACGCUCCCGACCCAGGGCACGCAUUUACAUUCGCCGCCCGCCAGCCCACACUCGCCGCUGUCUACGCCUCUAGGCAGUGGGAAGCACCCGUUAAGUUCCCCCAACAGCACACCCCAGCACCAUGAGCCAGCGAAGAAGGCUCGAAAAUUGUCGGUUAAGAAGGAGUUCCAGACCGAGAUCAGCAUGAGUGUAAACGAUCUUUACCAUACACCGGGAGGCCCCAUAUCUCCGCCCUCCAGUGGCAGCUCGCCCAACUCAACGCACGACGGAACGGGUGGCAAUGCUGGAGGAGUCGCUGUCUCCAAGGACCCAUCUCGCGACAAAAGCUUCACCUGCAAAAUCUGCUCACGCAGCUUUGGCUAUAAGCACGUGCUACAGAACCACGAACGCACCCACACCGGGGAGAAGCCUUUCGAAUGCCCGGAGUGCCACAAACGGUUUACUCGUGACCAUCAUUUAAAAACCCACAUGCGUCUGCAUACUGGAGAGAAGCCAUAUCAUUGCUCGCACUGCGAUCGGCAAUUCGUUCAGGUGGCUAAUCUUAGAAGACAUUUGCGAGUACACACUGGCGAGCGUCCCUACACGUGUGAAAUCUGCGAUGGCAAAUUCAGUGACUCCAAUCAGCUAAAGUCACACAUGCUGGUUCACAACGGCGAAAAGCCGUUCGAGUGCGACCGUUGCCACAUGAAGUUCCGACGGCGCCACCAUCUGAUGAAUCAUAAGUGUGGCAUUCAGUCGCCGCCUACUCCAGCUCUUUCACCAGCCAUGAGUGGAGAUUACCCCAUGGCAGUCUCCGCAAUGGCUAUCGAAUCAUCCACGAAUAAAUUUGCGGCAAUGUGUGCCAACUAUGGAGGUUCGGAUGAGUCGGUCGACAUGGAAAAAGCAACAACGGAAGACGAUGGUCCAUUGGAUUUGUCUGAGGAUGGAGCCAGCUCUGUAGAUGGCCAUUGCAGCAGCAUCGCACGGCGCAAGGCCCAGGACAUUCGCCGAGUGUUUCGCCUACCUCCACCGCAAAUCCCUCACGUACCCAGUGAUAUGCCUGAGCAAACCGAGCCAGAGGAUUUGAGCAUGCAUUCGCCCCGCUCGAUCGGAUCUCAUGAGCAAACCGAUGAUAUAGACUUGUAUGAUUUGGAUGACGCCGCUGCUCCUUAUAUGGGCCAUACACAACAUUAGGCCAGUACCAUACCUAAUUGUAUAUAGCCAUAAUCAGUUUUCAUUAGAUGGAAUUGACUGGCAUUUAUUAAAACAAAAUUUAAAAUUUUGCUAUUUCGAAGUGGGAAGUAAAAAUUGUUGCAACAGGAAUUUAAUGAUAAGUACAAGUAAAAAAAAAUCACAAUACAUACGAGACUAGAAAAAGAUUAGGACAUACACAAAACAAACUCUAAAAUUGUACAAAGUAAGCCCUGCCAUAUGCUUGUUGCCGCCAAACCCCACCAAAUCAAAUCGAAAAUGUCGUGCCAUUCUUUACCUUAAGUUUAAAUUAUAUUCUUAGGUUUCAAAGCAUCUUAAAUUGUACAUAUUCAUCUUACGCUGCUGCCAAUUGUAAAGUAAUCGGCGCUCUAAAAAUGUAUUGUAACAGAAAAUGAAAAGACAUGGUUUAAUUAGGAAAUCUAUAAAUAAUUUUAUUUAAUUUAAUAGAUUAAUUUUAUAUAAUUUGAUAAAAAUUCUUUGAGAAAACAAUGCCAAUAAUCUUGAAAUCAAAACUAACUUUAAGUUAAAUAAUAAAAAAAAAACAUCUGUUCGCUAAUUGUUUUGUUUGCAUUUACUAUUUAAAACUAUUAUUAUAUAUAAUAACUGAGUUAAUCCUGUUUUUUUAAGCUCGUUCUAAAUAUAUUGGCUUUUAUAUUUAUACUUUUAUAAAUAUUUGGUUCAAUUGCUGCUGCUUGAAAUAUAAAGAAUAAAUAAAAAUGGAAAAACAAUAGUAACGUUUAUAUUUAACUGUUUCGUUUUUUAUUUGUAAGAUUACAUUUUAAACAGCGUUCCCGCAGUUUAUCUUAAUUUUCAUCCAUUUUUAAAUAAAUAUUUUUAUUGUUGCAAACAAUAAUAUAUAUUCCAAAAGCAUUACCUUAAUGUAGAUCAAUGCGUAUCAAAAGUAUGUUAGUCCCAUGUAUCUUAGCACUCGUAACUAUUAGUUUUAAUUGUAAGACAUGAACCAAAUACACAGGAAAAAAAUGCUAUAACCAAAUACCUCCAAUACCUCUGUAUCGAAAUUGUUGUGAGCUGAACAGUAUAUACAUUCAACAAUUUGGCAAUCGUACAAUUCAACUGAAUUUAUAUACAACAAUUAGAAAUAUAAAUUAUGAUGCAAAAACAAUUUAUAUGUAUGUAUUACAAUUUUGAUGCAUAUUUUAAAGGACCUAAAAUAAGAAAUCAAUUUUGAAUACUAGGAAAAUUUGAUGUAAAAAUAUUUAAGGUUGUAUAUAACAAUAUAAAUGUAAACUUUAAAAUAAUUUUAGUGCAAUUUUUGGUUCCAUUCUUCAGUAAGCUAACAAGCUUACUGCUUUUAUUUCAAAACGUUGUAAAGUCAUAAAAAUGCAACAAAUUAAUAUGUAAUUUUCUUUGUUCAUUCAAAUGUAUGGUAUACAAGUUCCUCAAGAUUAAAAGAAUACAAAACUUAUAAACUAAAA